GACCCCCCAGCCAAUGGCUGAGGAAGGCACAGAGUUUUUGGGAGUGCAUAUAGUCAACAUAUUAUCAGAGCUUGUCCAGAUAUUGUUCCAGUAUUUGGUGGUACUUCUGAUUCAACCCCGUGCGCCUCUCGGGUUUAACCGUAUUUGUUUUUAGGUGGAGACACUUUGAUGCGUAAAAUGCCGAAGAGAAAGUCCCCAGAAGCUCCAGAGGGCAAAGAAGCCUCUAAAGUCACAAAACAAGAGCCAACCAGAAGGUCAGAGAGAUUGUCAGCGAAGCCUGCUCCACCCAAACUGGAGGCCAAACCCAAGAAGAACAUCGUUAAGAAGGUGGCAGAGGAAAAGGGGGCGAAGGCAAAGAAAGGAGGCUCCAAGGGGAAAAAGGAAGAUGGUCCCGCCCAGAACGGAGAGACCAAGACCAACGAGAUCUACGUGUCUCGUCCGUCUGUCAGCGUGUCCUCUGUCAGAAGCAUGGCCCCCUCCCUGAUGUCAGUGAGAGGACAGAGUGAAACAGUCAGAGUUAAUGGAAACUGAAGCAGCAGAGGAGGCGCCUGAAGAGAAGGCAUAAAACCACCACCACGCUCUGAUUCCAUGACAGCGAAGCAUCUUUUUUUACUGACGAUUUUUGUACCAUGCUGAUUUUUUUUUUCUUGUAGAAACGGACAACCAGCCUCUCUACGGCUUCUUACAGCGCUCCUUCUGAUUUAGCCCCUCCCCCUUUUCCUCGCUACCAGUUUAUAGAACAGUUUGUCAUAGACGCAGAAUGAAGUGGUUUUAAUCAGACAACCGCAGAUGUUUUUUGAUUUUGACUGUUAUGAUCUUUAAAUUAAAUAACCCUUUAUUUUUUUUAUUUUUUCUGGUCAUUCUUCUUGAUAAAAGACGAUCAUCCUUUUUGGCGCUUCAUAUGUAGAUGAGCAAGGUUUCAUUUUUCUCCCCCCGGUGGUUGCGUUCGAGGCCCAACGGUUUAGAAGCCUUCAAAAAUGGGUUCCACGGUCAAUUCUGCAGCUCUUCACAAACCCUGCAUUUUGGAAUCAUGGCCACUGUUUUCCCACAUAGCUCUGUUUGUGUGUGUGCCGGAGUGAAGGUGUUGUUGUUCUCUGUCCCUCUCCAUUUUUGUUUUUUCCUUCCCCAACGUCUUGUCCUGCAGCAGAGAGACAUAGCAAUAAUGAGUGGUGCUUCUGUUCUAGGCGGCUCUAUUGGCUUUGGACCCUCUGGGCUUUUCUCAGUUUCAUCCUGUUAGGAGAGUAUUUUGAAAUAAAAGAAAAAAUGUUGAUGUCA